GUCACAGGGCAAAGCUAUAUCAGCCCCAGAAUCAGAGACGCCACUUUCAUUUCCUUCGAGCUGAACACGUGUCAAGAGUAUUUGGAAACUGCUACACAGCACAACAGCGAAUAUCACCUGGAUUAUUUUUCUGUCUAGCCUGAAAGUAUAUCUACAGUGAACAACAGCCAUGUCAUCUAUUUUACUCAACUGUAUGGGGACUGUCACGGACCAUUCUGAAUAUAGCGAACCGGAGGUCAAGAAUAAACAGAUCCAUGUUAAAAACCCCCACUUGGAUACAAUGGAAGAGGACAUUCUCUACCACUUCAACCUGGGGACCAAGACCCACAACCUACCUGAGAUGUUCGGAGACAUCAAGUUUGUGUGCGUCGGCGGGAGUGCCAAUCGGAUGAAGUCCUUUGCUCAGUUCAUUCACCAGGAGCUGGCCUUGCCCGGAAACAUGGAUAAUGUCACAGAUAUCUGUGAAGGAACCGACCGCUACUCCAUGUACAAAGUGGGACCCGUACUUUCUAUCAGUCAUGGUAUGGGCGUCCCCUCCAUCUCCAUCAUGCUCCAUGAGCUCAUCAAACUGCUGCAUCAUGCCCGCUGCAUCGACUUCAUCCUCUUCCGCAUUGGCACCUCCGGUGGAGUCGGUCUGGAACCAGGAACAGUAGUGGUCACAGACAAGGCGGUGGACUGCUUCUUCCGUGCCCAGUUUGAGCAGGUGGUUCUAGGUAAGGUGGUCACCAGGAGCACAGAGCUAGAUGUGGGCGUAUCCAAGGAGCUGCUGCAGUGCUCGUCCGAGUUAGACGACGUGCCAACCGUCAUCGGAAACACAAUGUGCACCAGUGACUUCUACGAAGGUCAGGGUCGGCUUGAUGGAGCUCUCUGCUACUUCUCCACUGAGGACAAGCUGGAGUACUUAAGGAAAGCCUAUAACACAGGAGUCAGGAAUAUUGAGAUGGAGUCCACCGUCUUCGCAGCCAUGUGUCGUGCCUGUGCCAUCAAAGCGGCUGUCGUCUGUGUGACUUUGUUGAACCGUUUCGAUGGGGAUCAGAUCUCCACCCCUCAUGAUGUGCUAGUGGAGUACCAACAGAGACCUCAGGUUCUGGUGGCCCACUUCAUCAAGAAACGCCUGGGCCUCGUCGUCUAAAGCUCCCUCUGAUCACCUCUGCUGCCCAUAAACUGCACAUAGCUACAGCCUCGACUGUUACGGGGACAUACACGGAGUGUACAAAACAUUAGGAACUCCUUCCUAUUGAGUUUCACCCCUUUUGCCCCUGACUGAAGUGGAUUUAACAGGUGACAUCAAUAAGGGAUCAUAGCUUUCACCUGGUCAGACUGUCAUGGAAAGAGCAGGUGUUCUUAAUGUUUUGUACACUCAGUGUAUGUAUGCAGUCAUGUUGAUAUGUUAAGAUAUUAUUUAAAGUGUUCUAAAAGUACAUGAAGAUUUUACAGAUGUGUUGUAUCGUGUAUGAUUUGUUAAAUGAAGCUCAAAGAGUGGGCUCUUA